GACAUGUCGGCUUUCUAGAGUAUGUAGAAAGCACCUGGAGGGGAGCGAACUGUAUAAGCGACCACCGAAUCCAUGGCAGCGGCAAAGACACUGUGUUUUUCGUCUCCCGCGCUUCUUCAGCAAUCCUUUAACCCUUCCCAGACUCGGCCGCAUCCAUCUAUCAAGGCAUUCAGACCUAUCGUCUCUUCGAAAGCAAACCCUAGCAAUGGCUUCUUCAUUAGAAGCUUUCGUACAGCACCGGUUACUCGGGAAAACCGAAAUAAGGUGCUUACGGUUUCAAGAUUGGUGGAUGGUGAUUCUGGCGAUGACGAUGAAUCUGCACAGAGAAAUUCGGAUACGGGGGCAGCCAUUGAUAUAAAGCUUCCAAGAAGAAGUUUGCUGGUGACGUUUACCUGUAACCAAUGUGGUGAUAGAACGAAGAGGCUCAUCAAUCGAUUAGCUUACGAACGGGGGCUUGUUUUUGUUCAGUGUGCAGGGUGUCUAAAGUAUCACAAACUGGUUGAUAAUCUUGGUCUUAUUGUAGAGUAUGACUUCCGAGAUGACGACGUGGAUGUGAACUCAAAUUCAGAUCAAGUUUGAAGUGUUUAAAUGGUGUCAUUUCCAUGUUUGAAUCGUUGUUGAAAUAUCAUUUACAUUGCUGGUGCACCUUUUUUUUCUUCUUAUCCCUCUUGGUUAUUAGCAAUCCCAUUGAUUCCUCCUGGGACUGAUAUGGCAGGCAAAAUGGAUUGUUGGCUGUAGCAUUUGAUCGAUAAUGAAAGGUUGUAGGCAUCAAAGAAUUGUUAAUAUUUAUUUUCAAUCUUGCACAAUGUAUAAGACACCAAUUAUCUUUGAUAGUUCAUUCUCCGACUCUUACGAUCGUUAGACCUCCAAAAAAGAGAAUAAUUGAACUGAUCAUCUCUUUGAAUCAAUAGAACAAUAUGUGGAAGACGCGAUGCAUCUUAGUGAUAAAUUUUGAUUAGAA